UAUAUAUAUUUCGGCAAACCCGGUCCAACUCCGGUCCAACCAAUCUGACGAGUCUGACGAGUAAAAAUUGAUAAAACCGGUUCAGUGUCCGGUCUGGUUUUCAAAACAUAUUCACCUGACCGUGCUUGUAACCUUGCUAGUGCUUGUAACCUUGGUAAGCAGGUCAGACUUCACCACUUAUCAUCUUUUACCUUCAUCUUAUUAUCUAUUCUUUUUGCAAUUGUAUUUUUUCUAGUUUGGAGUUAUAAAAUGAAAGUUUGGAUGUAAUGUAUGCCUGUAUUGGCCAGGCUGUUGAUAAGGCAAGUGCUGAACUAGAUACUUUAGGAGAGGAUUCCCACAAGGACACUUCUAUUUUCAUGCAACAUCUUCGUGAUAACCUUACUUUGUGGAUGGAUGACAUUGCCCAAGAAUUUUGGAGGAAGCUUGGUUUUAUUCCGUCAUCACUCGAGGAAGAGGACAUUGACUAUGAUAAACUAACUGAGGCUAUCAUGCAAGAACUGAUGUUACAACCAAGCAUUGUGAAGAAAAUUGUCCUGCCUAAGAUGAAAGAGGCAUUAGAGCUAGCAAUAUCUGAAACGGACAAUGUUAACACGACAUGACAUGACACGGUGCUACUUAACAAGUUUCAUGUUUGGCGUUAAUAGGUCUCGUGUGUUGACCGGUCAAGACUUGGUAUGACAUGUUAUGUAAAAUUGUAAUCGUUAGAACUGUGUUUUUAACAUGUUUUUCAUCAA